AUGUCUGUCGCCAUGAAAUGCUUCUAUCUGCUGGUCUUAUUGGCUGUGAUGACAGUUGCCACGUGGCAAAAUGAGGAAGACACUGGUUGCGCUGGUGCCGAGGGAUGUGACGAGGAGACAAACAACAAGUUCGCCCUGCUCUUCCGCCAAAUGUUAGCCAAACAAAGAGAAGCCAACGUGGACUGCACCGUCACCGAGGACUGCCCAGAAUCCUUCGAUUGUGUCUCUGGAAAGUGUCGAUCGAUGGGACCACGAAGAACCAAAAUGUUCAAUUUGUAUAGUCGGUGGUGA